AGCAAAAACCCGUCGACACCACAGGAAAGAACGCCUUAAAAUCUUUUUUGAAAAAAAGGUUUCCAAGUUUGAAAGUGAUUUGAUGAAAACUAUUGAAUCAAAAAGUCACAAAAUUUUACAGUGGGGGCCAAGUUUGGUGCCCCACUAUACAAACGUCUGUAAAAUUUCGGACUCAGUGGCGAAGCCAUAUUUUCGCGGCUUUGGACGCCACUUCAUUAAUUUAAUAAGGCACUCAUUCUCGCAGUGUCGAUAGGUUUUAACUAACUGGUCCGUAUAGAAACUCAAAAUAACUGCCUCAGGUUCCGUGGACAGGUAAGCUUGUUAUACAUAAUUAUAAGUAGUUGGAACAAGCAUUCAGCAUCCGUUCAAAUUAAGUGCAUCUAAACAGUAAAACGGAUAGAAUAACACGUUGUCGCUUUCAAAUUCCGAGAUCCUAAUUGCUCUCUGAAGCCGAAAUUGUUAAGGGAUAAUUUGAUAAUACAAAUAGUUUUGCGUGUAAAGCUUGACCAUGGCAAAUGCAGUGUUUCGCGAGUUCAUAGAUGUGUGACAGGGUGUGGUCGUGAUAAGACAGGCGAUUGGAAGGUAAUGUUUCUAAACGAGAAAAGGGGAGUAACAGUUUGUACUCUAUAAUUCAUCUUUCGUUACACUGAAUAUCGUUCACUGUUUUUACUCUUGGUGCUAUUUUCUGGACGUGAUCCGGAUAUUCCUGUAACAUCGCCGCCUGUUAAUUGCUCCGUUAGUUUUAAUCCGUUUGUCAGACAAAUCCGUUUUGAUCCAAUUUCAAAGACUGCGUGAGGUGUCAAUAGCUGUUGAAAACGUUUUCACAGCUACAGGUGAAAAUCGGGUUUUAAAAGCACACAAUUACUUCCAUCUUUUCAGUUAACCGAUACCUGCCUCGUCGACAGCUACAGGACAGAAUCGUCUCAUUUAUAAAACACUGUCGAAACUCUCGAACCCUCAGCAUCGUCAUGAAGAGUUUGCUUAUUGCGAUGUGCACAUUUGCUGCACUGUUUCACUCGUCUUUUGAGGCAGCACAUAAAGGCUGUUGCUCGUGCAAUAAAUUCUCUAAAGAACAAGCAAAGCAGAUUCAAACAUUGCUCCAGCAAGAGGCGGGCUCCCUGAGACAAGGAAUGCAGACGAUGUGUCCAAAGAAAUCAAGUAAGUUCUUUACAGACAUAAGGUUUGCCUUCUCAUAUGAAACUAAGGCCGUGUGACAUGUGCACAAAGACCGUCCUUUGCAUUUUUUUUUUUUACUGAAUAAGUGCAGUGCAUUAGGGAUUUAAGCAUGUUGGAAUGACGAAACCAAGGAGACGGCACUGGAAAAAAAUAGCAAUUCAUAUUGUUGAUUAACUUAAUUUGAAAAUGUUCCUUUUGGUUUUAUUUGAGUUAAACGCGAUUAGUAGUCGUCCAAUGUCCAACUAAAAUCCUUUCGGAAGCUUUUCCUUCAAAACGAGAAAUUACAGUAAAGGAAAAUCGAUCUUCCUCUGGACGUUCCCCAAGGGAACCUUUAUUCUAUCUAAGUUUACAUUGUUUUUUCUUUUUUGGCGAAAGAUAACAGAGAAAUGUAGAAUGUACGUGCCGUAGUCACUCCUAAAACCUCUUUCUCCCCUUGUCAGCUUAUUGAUAAUUAGAGAGACACAUAUCACGUUCUUGUAACUUUUGAGACUGAAUACAGUAUUUUCGCAGGAUGCUACUUGUUUCGCAUUUCAGUCGACUCUCUCCGACCGGCUUCUGUAAAACGGACACUUAUAGCUGGUCCCUGCCUUUCUUUACUCUCUUUAUUACGGUCCUGAUUACGGACACUUCUUGCCGUUCCAAAAGGUGUCCGUCCGUCUUAAAGAGAUUUGACUAGUCGAUCUACAGUCGAGAUUUGACUGUACUUCACAGAUGGACUUUUCGAAAUCUUAGGGAAGGGUGGGGUAGACGUAAAAUACGAUUUUCCAAAACUGCACUCUUCUCCGGACGGUGUAAUGUAGACUCUGAGCAAUAACAAAGGAUACAUGGGAAAAACCAGCACUAAUUAAGGCUACAACAGUACUGCAGUAAACAAAAAUUUAAAACGGGUUCCUCCCUCGUAGUGUUUGAGCUGCGCUUAGUCUUGCAUGCCGUAAAUAGCUGGCUCUGCUGUAAAAAUAGACUGAAAUUUUCUUGAUUCAAAUCGCUCAAAAUAUGAAUGUAAUUUUGAACUUUAGCCUUUGUGUUUGUUUAACAUACUACUUAAUUCCUGAAACGUUUUCCCAGUUAUUUAUAGUCAUUAAAAAUUCAUUAACUACUACAAUAUAAUAAAAUAAAUAAAUGUUACCUGGAUGAUACAAAAAAUGCAACGUGUCCCUAGGUAGCACUGAGACAUUAACGUAAAAAGAAGGUGCUCGUAAGCCAAUGGGAGAACCCCGGCUAUUAAACAACGUUCCUCAAACUCCGUCAUGUUUAUUUUGCAUGAUUUAACAAACCUUGGGAAAACACUCAUAAAAACAAACAGACAAUUUAUAGUGUUUCUGUUUAAUCGUAUUUUCAGUACUUAUUUGUUUUUCAUUCUUUUUUUCCCCCAAAACAACAUUUGAGACUUAAAACAUUUUCGCUUUUUUUUUCUUCUUUUUAUUUUCUAGCUAAAUUUUAUUUCUUUUUCUAAAUUUUAAUUUUUAUUUGCCAAAUUUUAUUUUAUUUUCUAGCUAAAUCAAAUCCGCAAUGGCAGAAAGUUAACGGUGAAAACCCUGUGUGUUUCCGCGUCAGUGGAGACCGGCCUGGCCGCUUUACAAUCAGCAAGGAAGGUUUUGUAGCUGCUUUCAAGCUCGUUCACCGUAGCGGCAGUGUGACGUGCGAGAAAGACAAAUGCCAUGGACACGAUUCAUACUCCAGCAAAUGGGGCUGCUCCACAAAUCAUUCCUACGUCGGUUCAACGCCUCUUGGAACCUUCAUUACUACACAGUCCAAACGCGUCCUGUUUCCACGCGAGAAAUUUAUUCGCAUCAAGUCUAUGAACACGUGGUACGCACUCCCUGGGUUUGAGCCCGAUUCGGACUUUCUGGUGUUUCACGAUUUCGCCAAUCCAGAGUUCCUUCAAGAAAACCAAGAAUUACAGCUGUGGUAUGGAGAGGACCUGGAAAAUUUCAACGAGGACAACAAUGAAGGCCAGACAUGCGCUGAUGUGUAUGCUUGGUAUCUGUGAACGAACAUCACAAACUAAUCUCUCUAUAGUUUUUUUCACAAUGCGACCAAUAUGAAUUGGAAAAAUCGGACCAGUAUAAAUUGGAAAGAUCGGACUGAUCAUUCAGGUUCCAAAACAGUACUAAUCUGUAACGAUUUGAUUUUGUGUUUGUAGGAGCCGUUUUUGUUUGCUAAACUCGAAAACGUUUCUGAUAAGUUUAGAAACGUAAAUAUUCCCUUUUUCGAUGUUUCGAACGUGAACCUUACUUUCUCGACGCAAGGAAAAACUUUUGAGUCGGGUUAAAAACUUCAUCGUUUCCAGGGAUGCAAAUUUAGCAUCCUUCGCAAAUCUGCAAAUAUAAGUCCAUCUUCAUCAGGCAAAAAUUGGCCAGUUGCGAAAAGAGUGUUUCCUUUUAGCUAGACUCCUAGGAAUUAUUAUUUGUGAGAUCAUAAAUUGAACGCAGUUAUCAGUAUAGUAUUAUAAUCUGUUAUCUGUUACCAACAUCUUUGUCAAUCGCUAGCUUCAGAGGGUAUAGUAUGGACUCAUGGGCUCCAUGGGUCCAGUCGACAUUUUACCCUUUGCCCUGGCAUCAAGGAAAUUAUUCCCCUUUGAUAAAAACAAAGAUAAAAAAUGAUAUUUCAACAUCUCUCCCAUUCAUGAAUCACUUGUGGUUAACCAAUAAAAUAAAAUCAAGUGCAUUUUAAAG